AUGUCACGCCGCAGAGUGGGUUUCUGCCUUAGUGACAAGAAACGCCGGAGGAUGAAUCUGGACGCCUUUGCAGAGCUCUGUGCGGACCAUGGAGUAGAGGUGGUGGAGAUUGAUCUUUCUCAGCCACUGGGGCCCCAGGGACCCUUCGAUGUCAUAGUUCACAAGCUGUCCGAUGUCAUCGUGGAGGCGGAGCAUGACAGCCAAGCAAAGCAGCUCCUGGUUAAUUUCCAGGCUUAUGUGUCAGGUCACAGCAGGACAGUUCUUCUGGAUCCCCUGCCUGCCAUGACCCAAAUUCUAGACCGCUUCGCCUCUUACCGGAUCAUGAGCAAUCUGCAAAAUUCACUCCGAGACUGGCACAUUUGCAGUCCUCCAUACCUUGAGGUCCACAGUGCAAGUGACGUGCCUUCCAUUCAGCAGAAAGUGAUGACUCAGAACCUGAGCUUCCCUCUCAUUUGUAAAACCAGAGUGGCCCAUGGUUCUCUUUCCCAUGAGAUGUUGCUGAUCUUCAGUGCGCCAAGUCUGGUGGAGAUCCAUCCUCCGUGUGUCCUCCAGAGUUUUAUCAAUCACGGAGCAGUCCUGCACAAGGUGUUUGUUGUCGGAGAAAGACACUUCUGUGUGGAGAGGCCUUCACUCAAGAACUUCCCUGCUGGGCCAUGUGACAGAGAGACCAUCUUCUUUAACAGCCAGCAAGUGUCCAAACCAGAGUCAAGCUCGGAUCUCACAGCUCUGGAUGAGCAAAUGCCCUGCCUGCCUCCUCCAAGCAAGGAAGCUGUUGCUGCCCUGGUCAAAGAGCUGCGCAUUCAGCUCGGCAUGGCCCUCUUUGGUGUGGAUGUCAUCAUUAAUAUACACACAUACACUCUCACAGUUAUUGAUAUCAACAUCUUUCCAGGUUAUGACGGUGUACCCGAGUUUUUCUCUUCUCUGCUCAGCCACAUUGAGUCAGUUUUGGACAAACAAGCUUCUUCUGCAGACUCUUCUGAGAUGACCAAACACAAAGGGGCGACUUCCAAUAUGGGAAGAAACCUCUGAGAAAUGAUUGUUGUGUUAAGUUAUUCUAAUCAAAACAUGAGCAGCAAAUGCGCUUCAU